GCUCCGCCCCCGGCGUGACGCCAGCGUCAGGCCAGUCCCGGCAUGCUCCGCGGCUGCCCGCGGACGAGAGCACUGAGGCAUCUUCCCGAGAGCGGCCGGUCCUCCGCGUCGCUGCACUGCGCACCCCGGCCGUCCGCCCCGUCGCCUCCGCCGCCCGCCCGUGCGUCCGAGCGGCCGCAGCCCUCCGCCGAGGGCGCCCCGGGACGGAAGGGUCCAGCAGCCUGCCGGCGCCCGUCGCGCUCGUGGUCGCCGUCGCCGUGGUCGUGGUCGUGUCCGCCGUCGCCUGGGCCAUGGCCAAUUACAUCCACGUCCCGCCCGGCUCGCCCGAGGUGCCGAAGCUCGACGUGACGGUGCAGGACCAGGAGGAGCAGCGCUGCCGCGACGGCGCCCUGAGCCUGCUGCGGCACCUGCGGCCGCACUGGGACCCCCGCGAGGUGACCCUGCAGCUCUUCACAGAUGGGAUCACAAACAAGCUCAUUGCCUGCUAUGUGGGUGACACCAUGGAAGAUGUGGUUCUGGUGAGAAUUUACGGCAACAAGACUGAACUGUUAGUCGACCGAGAUGAAGAAGUGAAGAGUUUCCGUGUGUUGCAGGCUCAUGGCUGUGCACCUCAACUCUAUUGUACCUUUAAUAAUGGACUGUGCUAUGAGUUUAUACAAGGUGAAGCUUUGGACCCACAGCAUGUCUGCAACCCAGCCAUUUUCAGGCUAAUAGCUCGUCAGCUUGCUAAAAUCCAUGCUAUCCAUGCACACAAUGGCUGGAUCCCCAAAUCUAACCUAUGGCUAAAGAUGGGAAAAUACUUCUCUCUCAUUCCCACAGGAUUUGCUGAUGAAGACAUUAAUAAAAGGUUCCUAAGCGAUAUCCCAAGCCCUCAGCUUCUUCAGGAGGAGAUGACUUGGAUGAAGGAGAUUCUGUCCAACCUGGGCUCCCCUGUGGUGCUUUGCCAUAAUGACCUGUUGUGUAAGAAUAUAAUCUACAACGAGAAACAAGGUGACGUACAGUUCAUCGAUUAUGAGUAUUCUGGAUACAACUACCUGGCAUAUGAUAUUGGAAAUCAUUUCAAUGAAUUUGCAGGUGUCAGUGAUGUAGACUAUAGUCUUUAUCCAGAUAGAGAACUCCAGGGCCAGUGGUUGCGCUCUUACCUUGAAGCCUACAAGGAGUUUAAGGGCUUUGGCAGUGAAGUCACUGAAAAGGAAGUAGAGACACUCUUCAUUCAAGUCAACCAGUUUGCAUUGGCUUCUCAUUUCUUCUGGGGACUCUGGGCUUUGAUCCAAGCCAAGUACUCCACAAUUGAGUUUGAUUUCCUUGGGUAUGCCGUUGUUCGUUUUAAGCAGUACUUUAAAAUGAAGCCCGAGGUCACAGCACUAAAGAUGCCUGAGUAAAGAAGAGGCCUCCUUGUUCUCCAGGAGCUGAGCAGUGCUUGUGGAUGUUUCCUGAGAAGUUCCAAAAGCCAGGAUUUGUUAACACUCAUUUAAUUUGGUUAUCUUGCUUUAUAAAUCAUGCCUCUAAACAACCAAUUUAUUUCUAAAUAGAAUGAUGUUAAAAAAUAUGCUUACCAUUGUGAGUAUGCUGCAGGCUAGAGAUUUGUCCAUCAGCAGAAAGAGUAGAGUCGGCUUUAGCCUUUGGCAAUACAGUCCAUGUUACAUGUGAAUUAUUUAUUAUAGAUUUGACAUGACUGACUACUUUCAUCUUUUCAUUUGUUGGUUCAGUGUAUGCAACGAGAAUGUUGUAGAAAUCUUUUAAAAGUUUUGUUAAUAGGGUUAAUUUUAGAAAAACAUUCUUGUUCAUUGUAACCUUUGUAAAAUGAAUCAUUUACUCUGGAGAUGGCAGUCAUUGCCUGGGUAGUAACUUAGGUUGUUCUAGAGUUUUCUAGAGAAGUGUCCGUUGAGGAGGGAGCAAGGCAGUCACUGUCUCUAGGAGGUAUACUUCUUUUAAUUGGAAAUUGGAAAUAAUUUCUUUGAAGAAUACAACUUAGAAUUAAAUUGUCUCUUUACAUAGCCUGACAAUAUAAAAUAUAUUUACUGUAUAAUCCUGGAAUAUAAGUAUAACAAUUUAAUGUUAAAAUCUGUAUUAAGUCAUGUUUUAAAAUACUAGAUAUGGUCAUUUAAGGUAAUAGUCUCAGUUUUUAGAAUUUACCUAUCAAAUUGUUUCUAACUCAAAAUUUUGUUUAACUUGAGAGACUCUGUUUUUCUUCAUUAAAUAAUAGCUUAUAUUGUUAGUAUUUGAAACAUACAGAGUUCAUCAUACUUGGAAGCAAGGAAUAUCAUUUAGAUGCUUUCUGUUCAGAUUCAUUCCUUAGGUUGGUUUUCUGUCUGUAGAGUCAGCAAAUGAUUGCUUAUACAUGUAAUUUCAGAGUAAUAUUGUUAAAGCAGUUAGAAGAAUCAGUAAGGAACAUUUAGGUAGGUCAUUGAGCUUGAAUACUUAAACUCUUAACCAAUAAGGAAAUGUGAAUUAAAUAGUAGUCGUGGUAGGAGGACUUGUUUAUCUUGUUUUUUGUAAGUCUAGUUUUUAUUUUUGUAUAGGUGGAAGAGGGAGGCAACUGUUAUAUAGAAGGAAGUUAGGUCUUUGAGGUAGACAAGAAGGCUUUAGUCUUUGAAGACUGUGGGCUUGAGCAGUCACGGCUAACUUAGAUUAGGCAGACAGGCUUUGCACUUUGGUCACUUAAGUGCUUUUGUACAAAGUUGGCUCCAUGGAUCUGCGUAUGUAAAGUAUGCAAUGCAGAUCUAAGACAUCGUCUGGUAUAUUGUCCACAUGACUUAUGUUCUCAGACAAGUGCUUUAAAAUACUUGGAUUGUCUCAACGUGUUCAAAGUUAAUAAAGUAAGUAGGAACACUUACAGCCAUGGCCAUUUGAGAUGGUAAAUUCUAGCCACAUAAAUAGACUCCUAAGUAUGUGUCUCUAACAGUGUUAGACCUGGAUUUGGUUUCUACCUCCCCAAUGUUGUAAUGUUGUUUUGCUUUUAUGAACCACAUUACUGUAAGAUCAUUACAGUUCUGCCGACUUCCUUGAAUGGAAAUAAUGACUAGCUCUUUUCAACGUUAGAGCAAACCUACAGAAAGUGGCCUAGUGGAAUUUUCAUCCGUGGUUGGAACAUUGCCAUAGAAUGAUAAAAGAUGUGAGCCUCCUGAUUCUUUGCUUUCCUUCUCUCAAAAUCCACGAGUAUGUGUCACGUGAGAACACUGGAGAAGACAGUGUUUGCUAGUCUGUUCCUGUUCUUACUUGAGAGUGCUUUGAAUGGAGGCUCACCAGCUGCGGCUGCUGGUGGACUGCAUAGCAGCCGGCUGAGACACAGCUGCCGAAGACUCCUGUGGCAGUGACUGCAGCGAGGCUUCCUGGGUCACCCUGCCAGCAUGCAAGAGAUCUUGGGAAAAGACUAGCACAUGUAAACUGUUGUCCCCAUUCCUUGGCCAGAUUUGGGUGCUCUGAUGCGCCUGCUUCCCAUAUAGCUUUUGGGGAUCAUGGUGUAGACUAUCAACAGGAUUCAAAAUGUCUUUCCUUUGUAUUGACCAUGUAAGGGAUUCUAAAGAGGGUGCAUUGGGACAGCUCUGAAGAGCAUCCCUCUAAAAUGUGUCCUGUGGCUUGCUAGGAUAUCAGUUGCCUUCUUUUGUUAAGCUAAGGAACUUGAAUGCCUUACCUAAUCACUCAACUGGUGGUAAGCUCAUUUUGUAAAUAGGAAAGUGAAUGUUAGAAGUGGCAUUCAUGGAUGUUCAAUGUUAAUCAAUAGACCGUAGUGGCCUGGAUGCUGUAACAAGCAAAAUUCCUCAUUUCUGCCCUCUACCCCGAUCCUGUCUCCCUGGCACACCUGUAUGAUCUUGAACCUGACCAAUGAUAUUUGAUUUCCCUCCCUCUUCUAAUCCUGCACUACCACCAUUUUCCGGAAAUGAGAUGUGGUGGCCACAUCUUACUGUUGACAUGAUCUGCCUGAGAUCAACAUGAGCACAAACCUCAUCAACUAGGUCUGCCUGGAGUGUAAAUAGGACAGUGUAAAUAAGCAGCUGUAAUUAGUGUGAGUUGUGUCCUGCAUCCAAGAGUGUGUCGUUCUGCAUUCUCCUUUGUGGAAGUUUUUCUGUCAUUAGGUGAUCCAGCCUGUUGAUGUUGGGCUGGGAACAGUGCACCUCUAGCUGUGUGGUGAGAUAGCAAGAACUGGAAGGAAGGUUUAUUUGGUUUAGUUAAUGUUGCUCUUUAUUUAUUUAGCCUCUCAGUGCCUAAUAAGACUUUCUUCCAAUUUUUACUUAGUUAUUAAUUUCUUGUGGAUUAGAUUCUGGGAAGCAGUGAAUUUGUAAAGCUCAUUCUUUGAGUCAUAAUUUGAAGAUAAAGGAAACUAAAAAUAUUAUUUGGUGUUUAUAAACGGAAGUGUGGUCCCCUUUUCUAUUUUCAGAGUUUGUUGACACUUUCAACAAAAACUUGAAAUUCAAUGUGAAUGUAAAUCCCAUCCAUACAAGUCAUAGGGCAAAUGAUGUCUCUUAGUUUGUCGGGUGGUUUCUCUGGAGUGGUUCACUUUGGGAUUGUGAGAAAAAAGGUGUCUUUUGUGACACCCUCCCCCAUGUUUGUUUUAACUUCACGAGUUUAGACUUUAGACUUAAAGAAUUCCCCAAACACUCUAAAGACAAGUUAGAAACCUCUACUUUGAACAGUACUCAGUUCUCUGCAUUAAGCAGAAGCCACCUGUACCUCUUGAUCUCACUAGCUGAUGUAUAAAGGGCAGUGUGUCAGGUUGAUUUUUCCCCCCCUCUUACUUGCUUUUAAGCAUUUUAUACUGCAUUCCAGAGUACUGUAGACUUAGCUGUUUCCAUAUGAAUCUGUCAUCCUGUUGACAAAGUGGACAGUGCUUUGUCUUAGGGUUUUCCUAGUGGCAGCAGCGUGUGCUACCUCACACAGAAGGUGAGCGCAGGUGGAGACAAGCCUCUUGAGUGUCUCUCCCUUCAGGGCUGGUGGCUGUGGGUUUUCUUCUCCAUCACAUUUCAUGAUGGCCUUUACUGUGAAGCUGAGCGCCAUCUUCAGGCACGUUUCUGUUCUGAAACGCAAGAUGAAGGAUGGUGUGCUGCCUUCCUCAUAGUGAGGGCAGUGUUAAAUCUUGGGUUUGACAGAUGUUAUCAGCUGAUCCAGAUAAAACAUCCCUGUUUGGAACUUCAGCCCUUGUUUCUGUAAAAGAAAAUACUUGAGGUUUUUGUAUUACCUUGAAUUCUUGCAGGCUAAAUUCAGUGACAUGUUACAAAAUGAGUUAGAUUUGUUUGAAUAGUUUUUAUGCUGAAAAUUUUCAAUUUUGGCUCAAUUUGAUAUGGGAAGAAACCCAAAGUAUUUGGAUUAGAAACAAAUCUGAUGCUUCACUCAUAAGCACUUUAAACUCCUGUGUUGAAGUCUUCUCUCCUGGACUGUGUGCUAUGGUACCAACACAUCUUUGUCCAUUGUGCAUUGUAUGGCCUAUGUACUUGCAAAACACUUUUAAAAUAGUUAUAAUUUUAUCUCUCAGUUAUCUUACCCCUGUGGUAAUUUGGAUCCCAUUAAUAUGUUAAUAAAACACUAGAUACUUACAGAACUGAAACAUUACAUUGUAUUUUGACUAGUUUGUGGAAGUGGAGCAGGAAAUUACAGGCUUCCUAGCCAGGAACUUUGAGAGCUGGGUUGAAACCCAGUGACACCUGCCGAGCAGUGGAGGGACAGAGUACCUGCUCGACAUGCCUGCACUGUGGCAUGCUGCUGCUUGUUUGUAGGUAGUGUUCAUUGUCAAUAAUCUAAAGUUGUCCUCUGUAUUUACCUGUACUAAAGUAACUGUAAACUAAGGGAACCUACAAGAACUUUUCUGUAUUUAGGAGCUUUUGUACAGCAAGGUCAAAUGUCCUGAGUGAAGAUAGAAGACAUGGUGUUACCCAUAACACAAGGGAAAAAAGCUGAAAUGAGUUAACUGUUGUUGCAUUUAGCUGUCUGUUGAAUUGGGAAGCUGUGGCAUAGAUCCUAAAUUUGUGUUGCUCCAAUGUGAAUUGUAGUCUAAUGCUGCUUUGUGUAGACUGUAAGUGCUACGGAUAGUCUCAGCACUGAACAUGCAUCGAUACCUCGCAGAUGAAUGCAGCUUUUGUCCUACGUUUCCCUAUGCCUCAGCCAGGGGUCUGAGUGCCGGAGAACUUGCUCAUCUGUUUGCUAGCGAGAUACUUCCUGCUUUUUCCUUUGUUGUUACAUAUUUUUAUGUUUGAAAUUGAAGUUUUACUACUGUUAAUUUAAGUAAAAUUUGUUCCGUGGAUAAAAUGGCAUUGCCAGUGAAAUCAACAGCCUCAUUCAUGUAGCUGCUGAAGUGACAUUUGUGUUCUGUGUUCAUGAACUUGCAAUGAAGCCGUGUUUCUGUUAAGAUACAAGUGCGGCUUAGGCUUUAUUUCUGUUUAAUAAGGCUUUCUACCAUUGAUUAAAUGAAGGAAUGUAUCUUUUUGAAGAGAUUUAUAUUCUGUAAAUAAACCUUGGUUGUAACAAUAAAGUUGAGUUCUAACUAUAA